CGACGCUUCAGUAGCGCGGCGGGCGUUCACGUGGAAGGAAGGGAAGCGGAGAACGCAGCAGCUAACGAUGACGUCGCACGGGGGCUUCGACGUGGACUCGAUGACGCUGACGCGGUUCGUGCUGGCGCAGCAGCGGCUGGUGCCCGGCGCCACGGGCGACCUGACGCAGCUGCUCACCUGCAUACAGACGGCCGUCAAGGCCUGCAGCUCGGCCGUCCGGAAGGCGGGCAUCGCCAAGAUGUAUGGUAUAGCUGGAACAACAAAUGUCCAGGGUGAAGAUGUGAAGAAACUUGAUGUGUUAUCCAAUGAGCUGUUUAUUAAUAUGUUAAGAUCCUCAUUCACAACAUGUCUGCUUGUAAGUGAGGAAAAUGAAAAUGUAAUUGAGGUGGAAACUGACAAACAAGGAAAGUAUGUGGUGUGCUUUGACCCUCUUGACGGUUCCUCCAAUAUUGACUGCCUUGUUUCAAUUGGUUCAAUCUUUGCUAUCUACAGGAAAGUAACUAGUGGCCCACCUACUGUGGCAGAUGCCCUUCAGCCAGGCAAGCAGCUUGUCACAGCAGGAUAUGCUCUGUAUGGAAGUGCCACCAUGGUUGUGUUAGCUCUUGCCGGUAGUGUUAAUGGCUUCAUGCUCGAUCCUGCUAUAGGAGAGUUCAUUUUGACUGAUCGUAAUAUGACAAUCCCUAAAAGAGGUAAAAUCUACAGUAUAAAUGAAGGCUAUGCUCAUAGCUGGGAUCCUGCCAUUCUUGAAUAUGUCGAUAAGAAAAAGGAUCCAAAGCAUGGAAAACCAUAUGGUGCACGUUAUGUAGGAUCUAUGGUAGCAGAUAUUCACCGAACACUGAAGUAUGGUGGUAUUUUUAUGUACCCAGCGACAAAGGAUGCACCAAGUGGAAAGUUGCGGCUUUUGUAUGAGUGCAACCCCAUGGCUCAUGUGAUGAUCACUGCUGGUGGUCUUGCAUCCAAUGGCGAGAAAUCAAUUCUGGACAUCAUCCCUACGAAGAUUCACGAACGUAGCCCCAUUUUCAUGGGGUCUCGUGAAGAUGUUGAGGAACUGCUUGAUAUAAUUAAAAAGCACAAGUCAUAGAAGUCUCUGAAGCUUUAUUUACAGUGCCUGAAUCUCAUGGGUACAAAAUUAAAUUUGUGUAAAAUCAUAUUUGACAAUCAAAGAACAUAUAUUAUUUUGUAAUAUGUCAUGAAAAAUGAUAAUAAAUAAUAAAUCAGAGCAUGUAACUAUAUUUGGUAAUCCACCAUUCAUAAUAAAGUAAUCUUGAGUGUGUCUCUACGUUCAUAAUGGGUUAACUGGAAAAACACUCACAGAUUAUAUGGAUUCAGAUGUGAAAUCAGUGUCUCUAGCAUUGAAUACUAUUUUAGAAAUUUCUUGUUAUGCAGUCAAAAGACAAAAACUAUAUUGUAAUAAUGAAUAUGUGGCAUAAAACAAUGUGACUACAUUAAAAUACAAUAAAUAUUUUAAUUUUCAGUGUA